AUGCCAGUAAUUGAAUUAUAUGAUAGAGAGAUUGUACAAAAUUACAUUGAAAAAGGAGAAAUCCGGUCAAGUGAUUUAGAUGUAUCGAAUAGUGCGAUCCAUAAUUUGCCUCGGUAUAUUGGGCUUGGUUCAGCCAUCGGUGGUGGAUCUCUGUUUUAUCUAGCAAGGCGCUACCAACGGAGGUGGACGCUACCAACAUUUUUAGGUGUCGUCAGUGGGUUGGUCUCAGGUCCAAUUGCAAGUGCUAUAUUACUGGAAAACCAUUGGAAAACGGAAGGCAGGGAUCCACAAACUGUAAUUCAGACCUUAUCUAAAAUUUCGGAUGAGAGUACUAGCAAGCUUUUCGAGAGAGUUGCAGCAACAGGCGCUAAGCAUUCUGUAUCAGAAUCACAACAUAAUAACGGGCGGGAUCAAUCAGAAGAUACAACAAUUAUGGAUAAUGCAAAAUCUAAUACAAUCAAUGAGAAAAUAUGA